AUGAACAUUUCUUUUGGAUCGGGGAUAUUCCAACCCAAACCAGUUCGCGUUUCGCAACUGCCACAAUACCGUCACCAGAAUGCGUUAAAAUAUAGUAAAUCAUUACCCGGUACACAAACUGCACAGCUUGUGUGGUACGCAAUUCGGGAUACGUUUUACGAUUUUGCGUCUAUAUCCAAAAUUCACGGCAUGUACUACCUACAACGUCAAGUAACGAGUGGUGUUGUUCGAUUACUGUGGAUAGCUAUCAUAGUGGCAUUUUUUGCAUUUGGAAUUGCGUUAAUAUUUUUAUUGUGGAAAAAGUUUAUCGAUUCACCCACCCGCAUGACCAUUGCUUCCGAAAUGAAGAUCAUUCAGGUUCCCUUUCCAGGUGUUACCUUGUGCCAUCCACAGAGCGUCGUCGACUUUAAAGCGGAGCGAUUUGUGGAGAAGAUAAAAUUCCCCAUCGGCGCAACAAAAGAUGUUAUCCUAAAAAAUCUACCAUCUCUCGGAUACUUUACUGAGCAUCAAUGGACUUUCCCUAGACCGCAGGAUCUUAGAAUGAUCGACCAAGUACUGGCUUUGAACAACUACACCAUCGAACAGGCUAUCGACGAACUCGGUAUGAUAUGCGAGGAUUUCAUUGUUGUGUGCUAUUGGGCAGGAAAAAAAUUUCCCUGCUUUACCAAACACGUUUUUCUCGGGUGGGUCGGUUCCACUAGCCAUUAUGGCGCAUGUUGUUCGUUCAACUAUCAUCCGAACGUACGGGGAAACAAAGUACCGUUCGCUGUAAAUACUUACGGUAUCCAUGGUGGAUUGAGUGUUAUUGGAACCGGUUAUCCACAGGCCUCUGAUGGAAAAUCUGGCGCAUUGUACUCAGAAGGGUUUAUGCUAAUGAUUCAUCAUCCACAUGAUUUUGCCGUGGAAGCUUCACAACUGACCCUAAUACGAUUAGGCAAGGAAACGUUCGUUAAUGUUCUUCCAACAGAUUCCCGCUGCUCUGAACAAGUUCUAGCUCUACCUCAAGGCCAACGAGACUGUAUUGUAGGAGGCGACUUUAAUCCUCCUAUAGCGAACUAUCGUCAACCGGCAUGUACCCUGGAAUGCUUACGAGACGAGGUCCACCGGAAGUGUGCUUGUCAUCCGUUUCACUUGCCAAAGCCAACCAGUAGGCUUUCAGGACAGGGCAUAAGAAAUUGCACAGUUUACGACUCCGUAUGUUUCGUAGAAAACUACUACAUGUUCAAACGGUUAAAAUGCAACUGCCUACCAUCUUGUAGCGAUGUGACAUACAAGACAGCUUCUAUUGUGUCCGAUUUUGCAGCCUAUAAUUUUUCCAUAAAUCCCUUGUACAAAGAAGCAAAUCUAACUGAUUUUGAAUUCAUCUUUCAUAUUUUUAUGAGCAACCAGGUUGUGGCUGCUAAUAGAAGAAUAGUUGUCGUAUCGUGGAUAUCGCUGCUUUCGAAUUUAGGUGGAGCGUUCAGUUUGUGUCUUGGAAUAAGUGUGCUCUCAUUGUUCGAAGCGCUUUUUUUUAUUCUAUUCCGGCUGCAAAAAACAUACCUUAAGCUCAAGCAACAUCAGGAACAUAAAAUUAAAUUAGUGGUUCCACUCUCACGAUUAGACAAGUUUAGAUCAAAGCACAACAUUUAA